UGCUGGCUAUUUUAAUCUUUCAGGAGGACAUAUAGCUCCUGCCAUAACGAGAUCUGCUGUAUGACUGCAUGUUAUUAUAGUCACGUUUGUUCUGCACUGGAAAUUAUUAGGCUCCCUUCUAAAGUAACAUCAUGAAAUCUAUGAGGGAAGUUGAUCUGGAUACAUACAAUUUGUCUUUACUUACGGCAAAAGAAGACAUCCUGAAUCCACGCUCGUCAACAAACUGGGCUUUAUUUACCUAUGAUGGAAUAAUGAACAGACUCAAACUGGCUGAUUCUGGAGUAGGUGGAUUGAAAGAGCUGAUGGCUAAACUUCACCCUAGACUGCCGCUUUAUGGGAUGUGUAGGGUGGGCAAAGCUCAACCCCGGAACGCUAUGAUAUUAUGGGUAGGAAAUGAAGUGGAUGAGUGCCGCAGAGCUGAGUGUGCCAGUCAUUUACCAGCAAUCAGGGCCUUCUUUAAGGAAGUUCACAUCUUUCUUCCUGCCCACACUCUGGAAGAAAUCACAGAGGAGAGGAUCUGUACGCUGACCUAUAAUGCUGCAGUGGUGACGCAGGGGCCGAGAGGGAGACCUGGCCGCCGGACAGGAGACAGACAGGCCAUUGUGGGCACUAAUUACAAGCGAACAAUCGCAGCUGCAGAGAUCCAGAGAAUUCAGAGAGAUUCUUUUUGGGCACAAGCGGAGAGAGAAGAGGAGGAAAGGAAAAAGGAGGAACAGCGGAGGGCAGCAGAGGAAAAGAGGCAGAGAGAGAAAGAACGAAUGCUUCAGGAGAGGAGAGAUGCAAUAGAGAGAGAGAGGAGGAUGAAUGAAAAAGAACAGAAAAUAAAUGAGCAGAGGUCAGUCAAACAGUCUCAUGCAUGCAUGCAAAAAGUUCCCAAGGGUCAAAGGAGCACGAGGAAAGGGAGCGUGAAGAAGAGGAAAUCAGAGCUAGAUAUUCAAAAUCUCAAUCAGUGGAAAAAGCUGCGGUUAGUUCUGUCAAUCAAACCUGCACUUAACCCAUCCCUUAAAUAUUUGCCCUGUGAUCUUCAUGCUGUUUAUUAUAAUACUGUUUAUGGCCACCAGGAGGCAGCAGCUCUGGUGUCUCAGCGUACUGUAAACCCCAGAGAGUUUUUCAGACAACUGUCCUUCCCAAGUGUCCCCACAGCCUCCAGUCCCAGCUCCACAUCUCCAGGUAAAGUGUAA